AUGGAUGUAAAGAGUGCCUUCUUAAAUGGGUACUUGAAUGAAGAGGUUUAUGUUGCUCAACCAAAAGGUUUUGUAGAUUCUGAGCACCUGAAGCAUGUGUAUAAGCUCAACAAAGCCUUAUAUGGACUAAAGCAAGCUCCGAGAGCUUGUGACUUUGGAAUGAUGUAUUCCUAUGAUACCACUCCCACUCUAGUUGGAUAUUGUGAUGCUGACUGGGUAGGUUCAGCUGAUGAUCGUAAAAGUACGUCUAGAGGUUGCUUCUUUUUGGGAAACAAUUUAAUCUCUUGGUUAAGUCAGAAGCAAAACUGUGUUUCUUUAUCUACAGCUGAAGCUGAAUAUAUAGCUGCAGUCGGGGAGUCUGCUGCUCCUGUCUCUCCUGCUGUGCAUGCACAUCGAGCUUCUGAGGCCACUGUAUCGGAUAUGGAUUCAGAUGAUUAUGAUAAUGUUCCAUUAAUCCGUUUGUUAAAGAAACCCUCAGGGCCAGUUACAGCCGAGAGGCUCCCUUCUGAUCCCCCAGGUUUCAUUCACUCUCAAGAGAGCUCAUCAACCGAAGGGAUAUUCAUUCCAACUUCAGGAGACCCUCGACGCUCACCAACUAUACCUUCAGGUCAUUCUCCCUUUGUUCACCCUCCUCGAUCAAAACUACCUACUUCGGAACCGGAUGUGGUGCCUACUGAGAUACCUCCUGAAGACAUUCCUCCUCCUACUGAUGAUCCCAUUGCACCAUCUUCUGAAGGAAGGCCAGAGUCUCCUAAAGGUCCUAAACCCCCAAAAAGAAAAACUCAACAGGCUAAAAGAAAUGUUACCACAAAAACUAGCAGCAAGAAAAUUCCUGCAAAUGUUCCAUCUGUUCCCAUUGAUGGAAUUUCUUUUCAUCACAAGGAAAGCGUUCAACUCUGGAAGUUUAUGAUGCAGAGGAGAAUUACCGAUGAGUUAAUUAGAGAAUUUAUUGUCAAUCUGCCUGAUGACUUUAAUGAUCCGAGUAGUGCUGACUAUCAAACCGUGUACAUUAGAGGGUUCAAAUUUGUGAUUUCACCUGCUGUGAUAAAUGGGUUUCUUGGAAAUACUAUUGAUAUUGACUGCUCUCCAUCAUGUCCUACUACUGAGGUUUUAGCUAAUGUCUUAUCUUGA